UGCAGGUCAUUCGUUGACAUUUUUUAAAUUUAUUUUUAUUGGCAAUAUAUUAUUCGUCAAUUUAUCACAUGGCCCGCUUGAAACGCGUACACCUGAGUGAAUGUACAUAGCUAUGCAUGCAUACUUUUGCUUAUAUUUAACGGUUGAGUACUUAAUGUGAAUGUGUAAGCUUUUGUGCACGCAUUGUUGUUGCAUUGUGUGAGUUGUUUGGCCGUAACUCAUUUAUUUAGCGAUAAAACCGCAUAGAUUUACCACAUACAUGCAUAUACAUAAACAAGCGCCGGCCGAGUUAGGAAGGAGUGCAGCUCGGCCCCUUACGACGUUCAGGCCACCACCUACAAUCGCGUCACUUACUCGUAUAUAACAUACUCUAUUCAACAAUAAAUUCGGAAAAGUGAGGCGAGUAAAAGUGAAAUUGACAUACGCUGUGCAACUGUGAGACGGCGACGUUGAUGAAAAAGAUCCUCAGUGCUUCAAAGACACUUAAAAAGCGCAUACGAGUAAACAGUAUUGCAUACUUAAUAUACUCUACAUUACGUAUAAACAGUAAAUAAUAAUAACCAUGGGUGGCUGCUGUUCAAAGGAUCCGGAUUCACAGACUUCCUGGAGUCCUUCGGAGACGAAAAAUGCGAGCACAACGUCGACAAUUGUUGCGCAGCCAACGAACGAUAGUACUUCGGCUGGAGUGUUUACGAGCACGUUGGUUGUGCCCGCUGACACAGAAGGCAUGAGCUCGGAGACGACGACAACAACUAUUAUAAAGACAACAAAAGUCACAGAGACUGUGACGACCUCGGAGGAAUGAAUGCUGAUAACGCCACUAUGAGCGGCGGCAGGAAACGAGUGAAUAACGACCAAAUAAUAAACGCAUUUAGUAUUAAUUUAUACACAAUUAAGUAACACAUAUAUACAUACCUACAGACUUACAUAUGUACAUAUAAUAUAUACACGUACAUAUAUAAGCACAGAGUUGGACGAACCCAGUUGAAGAAAGUACACAGUACAAUUAAUUAUCUAACAUACCAUGAAAAAUAUUGUAGAAGACGAGUUCUUUGUAAAUAGACUUUUUAAUACGUGCAAUAAAAAGUAGUUUUCGAUAAAAUUGUAAAA